CUUGCCGUCGCCACAAGACCCAGCUUUACGACGCACUAUACGUAGGGCAUUCAUUUACUUUGACAGCCUGAGGAUAGACAUGCCUUGGGACCACUUGAGGAGACACAAGAAACCUAGGAAACGAACAGCAGAGCAAGCCCCGAGGUCCCCGCUCGUGACCUUGAUCUUGAUCCUGUCCGCCCUUACUUAACAGUGUCUAAACGACAAUCUUGAGUUAUAUGAUAUGUUGACAAAUGUUUUCU